AUGUCCUGUAUGAGCUGUCGAGAUCAGAAGCUGAAAUGUGAUCGCUCACAGCCACGUUGUAGCCGCUGUACUAAGCGAAACGACAAAUGCACAUAUCCAACUACAAGAAGGCGUCAAGCUGAGCCUAGGAGAACUAUCCCAGAGUUGGAAACGCGACUAGCGAGCCUCGAGAGUAUUGUGAAAAGUUCUCGAGAUGAUAGGCUCAGGCGUACUUCAAAGAACGAUGAUAUUAUUGAACCGUUCCCCGAUGAGAGUACUCAUGAUGCCGCUAGUAGAGCGCAUUCGCCAUUAGAUUGUGAGGCAGAGACAGAGUCUUCAGCUCUGCCAUCAUUUGAGACGAGCCCCUCAAGGCAGAUACCCGAUGCUGGCUUGUCAUCUAAUAUGCGCCCACCAAUGUAUCUGCGAUAUAUUAUCGCGGCUCUAGCAGCAUCUAUAGUGGAAAACUACCACAGUUUGGCCUUGACAUUAUAUCAUCAGGCUAAGCUAUGCAUAGAGGAGGAAGAGUUAAAGGAUUUUAGUCCACAGCCUGUUACCCUAGCCCAGGCACAAUUCUGGUGCUUGAUGGCCAAUUUUGAGGCACAACAAAUGCUCUUCUCACGGGCCUCGACGAGUCUGAGCCGCAGCCUCCGAAUAGCUCAGAUGCUACGCCUGCAUCAGCUCGACAUAGGUGAUGGAGAACCGAAGAACCGGCCAGAAUUAGAAGAAGCGCGCCGUACAUGGUGGGUCAUCUUUUGCUCCGACCGCUUUGUUUUAGGGUCAACAGGGUGGCCUGCCAUGAUAAACGACGAUGAUACAUCCACUUUUCUUCCAGCAUCAGAAGAAGCCUUUGAAAGCGGUGUAGGAGAAUCGACAGGCUUUUUAGGCAACGUGCUGCAAGCACGCUGCAACAAAUACUCGUCAUUUGCGGGGAGAGUGCUCGCUGCCCACCUGUUUUAUCAAAGUGCGAAGCAUGUUUCAAGCCAUGUGUUAGAUGAACACGCUACAGACAUUCGUAAUGGCUCAUUUUGGAUGCGGCACACUAUGAUCGACAACGACUUGGCGACUUUGUUGAUGCGUUUGCCAGAAAAUCUGCAGCUUCCAAGGAGUCUCCAAUGCCAGAACGCCCUUUUCACAAAUAUCAUUAUUCACACGACAAUUAUAUGCCUCAACCGGGCGGCUAUACGAGAGACGCGACGAUUGGCUCUGCCUUCACUUCUACUGAACCGCAGCCAAGCUCGUCUAUUGAGCGCAGCAGAAGAAAUUUUUAAUAUUCUCCGAGAGAUAUCAGAAGUGGACGCUGCGUUCAGUAAUCCAUUGCUAAUGUAUUCUGCUUACGUGGCUUCGUCUGUCUAUCUUGACAAGUCUAUUGCCGAGCGUGAAAGACAGGCAGAAUUUAACUUGACGUACCUUCUUCAUAUCAUGAUAGCUCUGAGCAAAACUAACCCAAUUGCUCGAUCGCUGGCAAUCCAGUUGGCAGAGGAUAUGAAGAACGUUGGGAUAGAUUCUUCUGCAAUUGAAACAGUAAAGUGCUAUCCCCAAUACCGAUUUGGCCUCUACUAA